GGCGACUCUGCGGGCCACGUGGUUCGGCGUCCGCGCGCAAGCGGCUCUUGGCGUCGCGCUUCCGGGUUGGCUGUGGCUGUGGCUGUGGCGGCGGCGCAGGGGCAGAAACCGGUGCGGUGCAGAAGCCCCAGAGGCGGGCGGGGCGGAGCGGAGGGCCAGCGGGCCCCGGCGCGGGUAUCCCGCCAGGCCGCCGGGUGAGCUGGCAGCGACCCGGACCCCACCGGGCGCCCCUGAGAGGUGGUGGUCUCGUUCUGUCGCCCAGGCUGGAGUGCAGUGGCACGAUCACGGCUCACUGCAACCUCGAACUCCCAGGCUCAGAUUUAACCCUUCGUGGCUUCUGAAGAAAAUGGCAGAAACAUCGCCAGAGCCUUCUGGGCAGCUUGUUGUACACUCAGACGCUCACAGUGACACUGUCCUGGCCAGUUUUGAGGAUCAGAGGAAGAAAGGCUUCCUCUGUGACAUUACUUUAAUCGUGGAGAAUGUACAUUUCCGGGCCCACAAAGCCUUACUUGCUGCCAGUAGUGAAUACUUCUCAAUGAUGUUUGCAGAAGAGGGGGAUAUUGGCCAAUCCAUUUAUAUGCUGGAAGGCAUGGUUGCAGACACCUUUGGUAUCCUGCUGGAAUUUAUCUACACAGGUUAUCUCCAUGCCAGUGAGAAAAGUACAGAACAAAUCCUGGCUACUGCUCAGUUCUUAAAAGUCUAUGACCUGGUAAAGGCUUAUACAGACUUCCAAAAUAAUCAUAGCUCCCCAAAGCCAACAACUUUGAACACUGCUGGUGCCCCAGUGGUGGUUAUCUCUAAUAAGAAAAACGAUCCUCCAAAGCGGAAACGGGGAAGACCAAAAAAAGUCAAUACAUUGCAGGAGGAGAAAUCAGAACUGGCUGCAGAGGAAGAAAUACAGUUAAGAGUGAACAAUUCAGUUCAGAAUAGACAAAACUUUGUGGUUAAAGGAGACAGUGGUGUACUGCAUGAGCAGAUUGCAGCAAAAGAAAAGGAAGAAUCGGAGCCUACUUGUGAGCCAAGUAGAGAGGGGGAAAUGCCAGUUGAAAAAGAUGAGAACUAUGAUCCCAAGACCGCGGAUGGCCAGGCAAGCCAGAGUCGGUACAGCAAGCGGAGGAUUUGGAGAUCCAUCAAACUUAAAGAUUACAAACUUGUUGGGGAUCAAGAGGACCAUGGUUCAGCCAAGAGGAUCUGUGGAAGGAGAAAGCGCCCUGGAGGCCCUGAGGCCCGCUGUAAAGACUGUGGCAAGGUCUUUAAGUACAAUCACUUUUUAGCAAUCCACCAGAGGAGCCACACAGGGGAGCGACCUUUCAAAUGUAAUGAGUGCGGAAAAGGCUUUGCCCAGAAGCACUCACUACAGGUCCACACCAGGAUGCACACAGGCGAGCGGCCGUACACCUGCACCGUGUGCAGCAAGGCUCUGACCACCAAGCACUCACUGCUGGAGCACAUGAGCCUGCACUCAGGACAGAAGUCUUUUACCUGUGAUCAAUGCGGAAAAUAUUUCAGCCAGAACAGACAACUAAAGAGCCAUUACCGAGUUCAUACAGGCCACUCAUUACCGGAAUGCAAAGACUGCCAUCGCAAAUUCAUGGACGUGUCUCAGCUAAAGAAACAUCUGCGAACACACACAGGUGAGAAGCCAUUUACUUGUGAAAUCUGUGGCAAAUCUUUCACAGCAAAGAGUUCUCUUCAGACCCACAUCAGAAUCCAUCGAGGAGAAAAGCCAUACUCGUGUGGCAUUUGUGGCAAAUCCUUCUCUGACUCCAGUGCCAAAAGGAGACACUGCAUUCUACACACCGGCAAGAAGCCUUUCUCCUGCCCUGAGUGUAACUUACAGUUUGCUCGCUUAGACAACUUGAAGGCUCACUUGAAAAUUCAUAGCAAGGAGAAGCAUGUGUCAGAUGCCAGCAGCAUUUCUGGCAGUAGUAAUACAGAAGAGGUCAGGAAUAUUCUUCAGCUACAGCCAUAUCAACUCUCUACCUCGGGAGAGCAGGAAAUUCAGCUUCUUGUAACCGAUUCUGUACAUAACAUCAAUUUCAUGCCUGGUCCUAGCCAGGGAAUCAGCAUCGUGACUGCAGAGAGUUCCCAGAACAUGACUGCAGACCAGGCUGCUAAUCUUACGCUGCUCACGCAGCAGCCAGAGCAACUGCAGAAUUUAAUUCUUUCGGCUCAACAGGAGCAAACAGAACACAUUCAGAGCCUCAAUAUGAUUGAAAGCCAGAUGGGGCCCUCACAAACAGAGCCAGUGCACGUGAUCACUCUGUCCAAGGAAACACUGGAACAUCUUCAUGCCCAUCAAGAGCAAACAGAGGAGCUCCAUUUAGCUACAAGUACUUCAAAUCCAGCUCAGCACCUGCAGCUGACACAGGAGCCUGAUCCGCCACCACCCACUCACCAUGUGCCCCAGCCAACGCCGCUUGGCCAGGAGCAGAGCUGACCUGUAAACACGUUUGACUGCUUGAUUGGGCUCCUCUUAUAAGCCAGCUGUGACUGGAUUUUGAACGCUUGAAGUCAGGCUCUCCACACCAUCGACUUGCAGAUCCUUCUGUGAGAGCUGUGAUGGCUAACUGAUGUUUAUAAUGCCCUCCAUCCAGGUAGCAAGAUGUGUGUAUGUCUUGUCUAAGGUACUGAUUUGGAUUGAGCAUUUCAAUAUUGUUGAAUGGUUUUCAUUUUCAUCUGCAACGUCUCAUAAAGACUCAGGUAGUUUUUCGUUGAGGGCAUUGAUCUCAGUUUUUCUGUAAGGUUUAAAUGUUCACAGCCAUAGGUUAUGGUCUUGCCAACCUCCCCAGUUAUGUUUUUUUAUUUUCUAGGACAAAGGGAGUCAUUUUGGUUGAACUCGGCAGAAUGGUUUGUUCUAUUUUCUUAUUUUUCUUAGGCAACACAGUUGUUAACACAAGACAAGUCAGGGCUAAAUAUGACAGAUCACAAUGUAUGGGUAAUUUGCCCUUUUAAUAACUUCCAGUCCCCUAAGACAAAGUAACCAUCAACGUUUUAUCUUUGUGCAGUACAGUGGGCUUAUUGUGUUACACUUCAGAAAGAUUCAAACUCAAACUCAGUAUUUUAACUCAAAAUUCAUGUAACAAGAUAGCCAAAAGUAUAGGAUUUUUUUUUUAAAUUCUGAAUUCAUCUUUUCUGAGAAACAUAAAUUUACAUAUUUUUUAACAGCAAGCUAUCAAAAUUCUAAUUAAGUUUAAAAUACAAAAUUGGAUCAAGACAUUCACCCUAAAUUCUGAAUUUCUGUCAGAAAAGAGAUUUGAUUUUCAUGAAGGUAAAGCUUUCUUCACUAUUCUGGAACAUAAAACUUUAUUCAGUGUAAUUUAAGUCUUAUAUAUACUCUACUGAAUUCUAACUGAUCUCCUGAAAAUGUUGAUCUGUGUGUUGUGUCUGAUAACUUUCUGGAGAUGGAAGCUUAUUAUAAUUCAUUUUUAUUGCAGACUAGUUAAAUCCCACAAAGGGAAUAUCUUCUCCUAAUCUUUCCUUUUUUAGAGACAGGGUCUCACUCUAUCACCCAGGCCAGAGUGUAGCGGCACAGUCAUUGCUCACUGUAACCUCAAAUUCCUGGGCUCAAGCAACCCUCCCACCUCAGCCUCCUAGUAGCUGGGACUACAGGGAUGUACCACCACCCCCAGCUAAUCUUCAUCUAAUCUUAAAACUUUGAGCCUCAGAGACUUUGUAGCCAGCAUGUGUCUGUAAUUGUAUGAUUUUUAAAUCAUCAUCAAAAGAUUAAAUUAUGUUUGGGUUAGGUUUUCAAGCUAAGCUUAUUGAAUUCUUUUACCACUUUCAUGUAAGCUGGUAGGGGAUUUUUGAGAAAAGAAGGUGGGCACUAGUAUAUCUAAAUUAACAAUGCUGAUGGAGAGUAGGGGGUAAUCUACUCUAAAAUUAAUAGAGCCUUUCCAUCAAUUGUUUUGUUUUAGACAUCCUUGAUUUCUACCUAAAUCAAAUAAGUUAUUUGGAGGUUAGAGUAAUAGAGAAUUCUUCAGGUUUGAGAGAAGAUAAAAGCAUUUUGGUUGCAUAUUUGCUAAGCUAUAUUUUAUUAUAUGUAAUUCACAAAAUAUCCAAAAUGAUAUAUAUCUUAUAUGUAUCAACCAAACUAAUGUUAAAUUAGGCCUGACUAGAGCAAAGAUAACAAUUUUUUACAAACACUGUUAAGCCCUAAGUAUUAUUUCAGGUUCUCGUUUGAACUGUUUAAUUUUAUUCUUAAAACACAAAGUUUUUACCAGCUUUUCAAAGGCCACCAAUCCACAUUUUCUCCAGGAAAUUAAAUAUUUAAGUAAGUGAAUUUUUACUCACUCUGGAUAGCUAGGUGAUUAUUCAGAAAAUACGGUUACAUAGCUAUUUAUAAGUCAAGUUUCACUGGCUCUAUAACAGUCUACCUCUACACUAAGAGAACUAUAACGUGAACAACAUAGGUCACUUUAAAUGUUCUAGUAGCAACAUUUAAAAACAUAAAAAGCAGCAGGUGAAAAUGUUAAUAAAAGUUUAUUUAAUCCAACAUUUGCCAAAUAUUUCAACAUAUAAAAAUAUAUUAGUGAGACCUUUUACAUUCUGUUUUUCAUACUAAGCUUUCAAAAUCCGGUGCAUAUUUUACACUUUCUGCACAUCUCAAUUUGGAUGCUAAUGUUCAUUGGACAUACUUGAUCUGUAUUUAGAUUUCAUACAACUUACAGUUGAAAACAGAUUCUCAUAUCAAGUAGCUAAGACAAAAGUUUUUUUCAAGAAUGGAAAUAAGUAUCAGUUUAAAAAUUUAUAUUAAAAUUUAUUAAAAUUAAAAUCCAGUUCCUUGUUGCAUGGGACACAGUGCGAAUGCUUGAUAAGCACAUGUAGCUAGUGGCUGCUAUAUUGGACAGCAUGGGACACCUGUUUCUAGCUUGAGCAUCAGUCCUAGCCAUGCCUGAAUUAUUUGACCAGCUGUCAAAGAGAAACAAGGAAAUGAUAACUUUAUCAAUCUAGCCUCUUUCUUUGUCCCACAUAUACAUUCUACCCCUUUGAAUAAAAAAGUUCAGUGACGCCGGGCGUGGUGGCUCACGCCUGUAAUCCCAGCACUUUGGGAGGCCAAGGUGGGCGGAUCACGAGGUCAGGAGUUCAAGGCCAGCCUGACCAACAUAAUGAAACCCCAUCUCUACUAAAAAUACAAAAAUUAGCCGGACGUGGUGGUGUACGCCUGUAAUCCCAGCUACUCAGGAGGCUGAGACAGGAGAAUCACUUGAACCCAGGAGGCAGAGGCUGCAGUGAGCUGAGAUCACGCCAUUGCACUCAAGCCUGGUGACAGAGCAAGACUCUGUCUCAAAAAAAAAAGUUCAAUGACUUGAGUACCCAAAAGAAAUGUCGUGAACAUGAAAGUACUUCUCAUGUGUCCUUGAGAAAUGAUGUUGCUAGUGCAGUGUUUCACAAUUCAUUUUCUACUAAAUGUGUACAAUUUUUUAAAUUGUUUUAACAGGAAAUAUAGAGUGUGUUUCUUAGGAAAUAGAAUGUUAUGCUUUGGGGCUCCUGAAAUACCUCAUUUUGAAGGUGAAUCUUUGGUUUUCUCCCAGUAGAGGGUCGGCCUUGGGAUGACUGGAGCUCUUACCAUCAAAAUCAGUUAUUCAAGUGCUUGCCCAGUGCUUCUUGAAACUCACCUCUACUCUGUAUUUUCUACAGUUGGUUCUUGUAUUAUAAAUGUUGUGAGCAACAGAUUAAAUGAUGCUGAGGAAUGAAAAAA